CGGGAAGGGGCGGUCCGCUGCCGCCGGGGGUGGUGCCAGCUGUCGGGGCAUGCGGCAUCCGCCUCUGCGCAGCGGCCGCGGCCAUGAAGCUGGUGUCGGCGCGGAGCCUCCACCCGCCGCCCGGCCCUUUGUUUCUUAGGGUCAGCGGUUGCCCUUUCUCUCCCCGUCGCGGCCCUUGACGGCGGGGGCGGUUUGAGCCUGCCUGAAGGGAGGAGGAGCCAUUGACCAGGAUGCGAUGGGGAACUGCUGGGCGCAGUGGUGCUGCGGGCUCUUCUUGCGGAGGGAAACCGGUCGGCUGCAGCGAGGCGGAGGGUCAAAGUAUUUUAGAACAUGUUCAACAGGAGAACACUUCACUAUAGAGUUUGAGAACCUAGUGGAAAGUGAUGAGGGGGAAAGCCCAGGAAGCAGUCACAGACCUCUGACCGAGGAAGAAAUUGCUGACUUGAAAGACAGACAUUAUGACUCCAUUGCUGAAAAGCAACGAGUUGUUGAUAUGAAACUUCAGUCAGAGUUAGCCUUACAAGAGGAGAAGUUAAGACUAGAAGAGGAGGCUUUAUAUGCUGCACAACGUGAAGCAGCCAGGGCAGCAAAGCAGAAAAAGCUCUUGGAGCAACGUAGACAGCAAAGGAUAACACAGCGAGCGCAUGCUGUUAAUAAUGGAGAAUAUCAGAGCUCUGUGGCAGAAGAUGAUCUUGAUUCUUUCUUAAGAAAUACCAAAUUCCAGUAUGAAGCUUUUCGAAGUAGUAGGCUUUCAUCUGAUGCUACAGUGCUGACGCCCAACACAGAGAGCAGUUGUGACUUAAUGACCAAAACAAAAUCGACGAGUGGAAAUGAUGACAGCACUUCAUUAGAUUUAGAGUGGGAAGAUGAAGAAGGCAUGAACAGAAUGAUUCCAAUGAGAGAACGCUCCAAAACAGAAGAAGAUAUACUCCGGGCGGCGCUGAAAUUUAACAGCAAGAAGACGGGAAGUAAUCCAACUUCCGCCUCUGACGAUUCUAAUGGAUUGGAGUGGGAGAAUGACUUUGUUAGCGCUGAAAUGGAUGAUAACGGCAACUCAGAAUAUGCCGGAUUUGUAAAUCCUGUAUUAGAUUUGUCUGCAUCAGAUGUAAGGAUAUCCGAUUCCGAUCGUCAAGACAGAUAGUGGAGCUGCGUGGCCCUUGUUUGUGACCAAAUGUUGAAAAGUGAAAUAGAAUGUACAAAAGCAAUUUGCUCUUUUAUAACAUGGUUCCCUUUUUCUUACAAAUUGAUCAGCAAGGAGCGGGAAUGACUUGCUAUCUGAAUUAAUUCAGAACUAAGUGCAAUUUUAUCAUCUACCUUCUAAACUUUUAUGAAACUGGGAUGAUUCUAUUGUGUAUAUUUCUGGAUAUCUGGAUUUAAUAUAAAAUUAUCUGCACUAAUUUAAGCCUCAUAGCUUGCCUAUCUAUAUUUUAACCAGCCUUUUUUUUCUGGAUGAUGUUUCUACUGAUUUUGUUUUAAAAAUUCAUCAUUGGCCUAACAUUUAUCUCAGAAACAAUCUUAUACAAUUUAUCUAAUACUUGAAUAUAGACAAAUAAUUUUAAAGACUUUUUAUUUCCAAUGUGUGCUUUUGACUUUAGCUAUUUAGAAGGUGUACUUAGCCAGCUGCAAAACAAAUAUCACACGUGGUAAAUGGCAGUUUUUCCCUAUCUAGCUUAUAGUCUUCCGAGCCUUGUGUUGUCCUCUUACCGUUUGUUUUAUGUUUUUAUUACUUUAUGCUAAGUACAGUUAACCUCAAUAAACAUAGUAUAAAUCAUCAGGUUAGGUAAGAUAUUGUCUUGUAUAAUAUACCAGACUUAGCGCGUGCUAGAUAGAAGAACAGCUAUAAAAAUUCUUGUAUGUGUCAAACUGGAAAUUUUAACCAGUUCCUAGUGGAGAACUGGCAGGACCAAAGUCUUGAUUUCCCCGUCCCCCCAGAACUGACCAACAUCUGUUGCUGCGUGGUCCUUAACAUUAUUUAGCUGUGGAAAACUUGUAAUUCAGUUUGACUGGAACAAUUAUUGAAAAGCAGCAUUCUCUGAGCAAACUGGGAGAGGGAUGAUUGCUCUGCUGCUGGAGGGGGGGAGAACAAGAACCUAAAGACUGAAUUCCUAUAUCUGCAUUUCAAAAAGGAAAAAAAAAAAAAAAGUUCGACUUACGAAACAGUGUGGUGAAGUGCUCUGGUUUUCCUGUGCCUCUAAACAGGGUGGUUAAUACUGCUAAUACAGACUGAAAUUCAAGGAGGUGUUCAGUUUCUGCAAAUCUGGUGUAAUGUAUCGUGUAGUCUCCCCUGAUAUUUAAUGUAAGUUAUACGUUUUAAAAAAAGAAAAAGCUCACUGAAGACAACAUGCAAAACGCUUGUAGAUCUCAAGCUUUCCCCAAAGUUUCAGUAAAGCCAUUCUACUCUA